CACUUCCGGGUGUUUCAGCGUUUCUUCUUUAUUGUCAACAGUCAACAUCACAUGAAACUGUGUUGGAUUUCUUCGAACUGACUCAGAAGUUUUGUCAUUUAAGUACUAAGUCUUCGUCUUGUCAAUAUGGCAGGUUUCUUCUCUAAAAAGCCCACUGUUCAAGAACAAAUAAGGGCAAAUGACAGAGUACUGCGAAAACAAACAAGGGAUUUAGGAAGAGACAGAAACGCAUUGGAAAGAGAAGAGAAGAAAUUGGAAUUGGAAAUCAAGAAGGCAGCACAGCAAGGAAACAAACAAGCAGCCACCAUUCUUGCAAAACAGCUAGUCAACCUGAGGAAACAGAAGACGAAAAGCUAUGCAAUGGGAACGAAAAUAAAUGCAAUUGGUAACCAACAAAAGAUGAUGCACUCUAAUAUGAAGAUGGCCAGUGCUAUGGGAACCACAACAAAGACGAUGCAGCAAAUGAACAAAGUUAUGGAUCCACAAAAGACCGCUGCCAUGAUGCGAGAUUUCCAGAAAGAAUCUACAAAGAUGGACAUGACAGAAGAAAUGAUUGAUGAUACUCUGGAUGAUAUCUUGGGUGAGUCUGGAGAUGAAGAGGAACAAGACGCCAUUGUCACCCAGGUGUUGGAUGAAAUUGGCAUUGAAAUCUCUGGAAAACUUGCCGAUGCCCCAUCUGCUCACGGAGGAAAGCUGGGGGAAUCAUCGAAACGCGUGUCUGCUGAUGACGAAAUUGAAAGGCAGUUGGCGGCUUUAAAGAGUUUAGAAUGAUCUGUGUGCCUUGUAAAUUUGGUUGUAUAUUUUCACUGUGAUUGAUUUUCCUGUCUUUGCUGUAAAGGAGCUCUGGUCAAUCGUGAACUUGCCUGCAGUUGUGCAAUGCAUUUUAGAUGUGUCUGCAGGUACCAACACUUUUAUUCUUUUGUGUCCUUAGUAAGUUUAUUUGAACUGCAAACAGUGUUGUCACCACAGGCAGCUGAAACAGACGUUAUACUAUUCUCUAGUGGAAUUCAAAAUUGUAAGUUACCCUGCCAGUGCCCUGAGGAAAAGACAUGUUUGAAAUAUUAACCCAGAAAAAAAAGUAUGGAUAUAGUUUAUAGUUGGAUAUCUUGUAAGUGCAGAAUAUUGUGUACUGAGUUGUAAGUUUAUUUUUGUGAGGAUUAAGAUUGAUUCCUGGAAAAAAAUGUUAUGCUUUUUUUUUUAACUUAUCCAUGAGAUAGUGAUUGGUAUAAACACUUGUGUUUUAAAAGUUCAUUAAACAAAUAUACUUCUGUGA